GGACGCUAAUCUCGUCAACAGAGCUUCUGCAGGAAAAUAUUGCUGACAUUUGAUUAAGGCGACAACCUCAUUUUUCAUACCCGGGUGAAGUUGGUAAGGAAAUGUAUAUAGUGAAUCGUGGUAGGUUGCAAGUUGUAACAGAUAACGGCAAGACUGUCUUAGCAACUCUCAAAGCGGGUAGUUAUUUUGGCGAGAUAAGUAUCCUGAACAUGGGUACUGCUGGAAAUAGAAGAACUGCUUCGGUCAAAUCAGUGGGAUACUCUGACCUCUUCUGCCUCUACAAGCAAGAUAUGUGGGAUGUACUGAAAGAUUAUCCAGCGGCAAGAGUUCGACUCGAAGCCAUCGCUGUAAAAAGGUUGGAGAAAUACAAGAAAGACGAAGACAUAAAGAAAUAUGAUCCGAAAAUAAGUUUUUUGACAACUCGUCUAUCUGUUCCGGCUGCAUCUGUCAUGGCUCGCAGCAGAAGUACGCCUGGUCUCGUUGAAUCUCGUGGUAAAGUGCCUCUAGAAGAAAUGCCUAUUCCGGACGAUGACAACCAGCCUGUCAGCAGUUCUAUGGGAGAUCCAGACAGCUCAGGAAGUACUAGCAAACCCCCUGUACGUUGUCAUUUUCAUCCCUCAAGUUUCCUGACACCCCCAGUUGCUUAUGCCGUUCAAGGAGCUUCCAGCACCCAUUCCUGUGCAUCGGACUCAACACACGCUGAUAUGCUUCGGCCAACGUCUAGAACGAACAUUCACCUGAUACCGUCCUCCCCAAAUCGAACUAGAUCCCCCAUGCCGCCUAUGGGCGAAUACGCUUACCACUUGGACCAGCACAGCUGGUUUGCACCACCACCUCCACCAUUCCCCCUGACUUACAGCUCUCAUUAUCCAGCUAGAGAAGCGCUGAUGGCAGAAGUAAGCCGACUUCGGGAAAAGUUGGUGAACCUUGAAGAUGACAACACUAAAAUGAGGAUGCAGCUCAGCCAGCAACAGUGGGACUUUGAGAACCGACUAACGGGAUUAGAGUUGCAGUUGUGCUCUACAACAGGUGGUACGACACCGACUAGUAUGCCUAGUUUAGAUAAAGAAGAAAAUGAAGAGUCGGUGAUUUAGUUUUUUUAAAUUAAAUCAUUGAUAACGUGUACAUUGUUCGAAAAAGUGGAAUUACUAGAUUUGACUUAAAUGUUUCCUAUGAAAUAAU